AUUUAGCAACAAAUUGACGUCCGCAGCUUAUGCUUUGCGGUUAGUACAAUGAUUUAACAAUUCAGUUCAUUGCUUGCACUGCAACAACAAACUUUUUUUCUGCGGGGCGCAGGAAAAAGGUUUUAAACAAAUCAGUAAAAACCUGCACCAGUGCACUUAACUACACAAACACCAAAAAAUGGAUUUACUUGACUCAAUACUCAAUUCAAUGGAUGCGCCGCCUGCAACUAAUGAACAACAAAAGACGCUGAUCAAAAAGCAGCGCGAGAUGAUGGAGCGCAUGCAAAACAAACAGAAAGAGGAGCUUCUGAGGUUUCGAAAAUAUGUAGAAGAGCGAAUGGGACGCUUUUCUAAGGAUGAUCGCACCUAUCUAGAGUUCCAGCCAUUGGAUAAGGUGCAUCGCUCAGUCAUACACGAGAUAGCAGAGAAUGGCGGCUUCAUUGCCAUGAGUUUUGGUCGCGAAGAUGUGGACCGCCAUUCGGUGGUGUACAAAAAAGAACACGCACCCAGCGAGGAUGAGGUGACAGCUCGCCGAAAUGGUGACGGCUGGAACGAGGACAUUGCCAAAGAAUAUGCCGAGCGCCGAAGGGAGCGCUUGGAAACAGAGCAAAGCAAUAAACGAACAGUAGCACCAUUGGCAGCAGAAGGUGCAGCAGAAGCUGCGGAUGUGAAGCCAACGACCAACUACAAAGCAAAAUAUGCACACUUGAUUGGCGAAUCGGCUGCACUGCAAGCGGCACGCAAAACAGAAACCAACCAAAGCUAUGGAUUUGUCCCCAGUAAGAACAAGAAAGACUUGCGGUCGAUUGAGCAAACUCUAGCCGACAUACAGGCCAAAAAGCGUUUGAAACUUCAACAGCAGCAGGAGGCGCUGGCUGUAGAAACAGAGCAGCCACAAACUGAGCAUUGCACUGAACAACAAUAAUAGUAUAGACAUUUUUGUAAAGAAACUUGAAGACUAUAAUUUGUUGGAAUUGAAGUUGUUGUGUGCGAUAAGGAUAUUGGACUGCCAUAUAUUGGAGUGCGCGAAGUGUAAAAAUUAUAAUUGACUCUCAAUUUUUUUUAAUUAUCCGAAAAAUAGUUAACAGGAAAAGGACAAAUUCAUUACCCAAUAUGUACUAUAAGCAAUACGAACUUCGCAUACGAAUAGGUGCAAAGCAAUGCAGGAAUAUGAAGUUUUAUCACACGCAGUCCAAUCCGCAAUAUAUAAAUACAUAUAUGUAUAAAUAAUUUGUAUAUAUGUAGCUUCAAUAAAGUACAAAGUUUUGAAAAUUA